UGUAGUAAACCCAUUGCUCCCUCAUUUUCGAACAAAAGCACGUAGCACACCUUAUUCUCCUUCUCCCUCACUACCUGCGUACCACCAUCAACACCACCAGACCACGCCUCCCCGUAACCGGCAGCAACAGUCCAGCAUCCACCCUCCACAAGCAGUAGGCGGCUGCACCCAGCCGUACUCCUCCCUCCUGGUGGCAGCAACAGCUGCGUCUCCCCCCCCCCCAACAGCAGCAAGCUGCUGUGACGCCAAGGCAGCAGCACCACGCAGCUUUCUUCCGCCAUUUUCGUGCUCCACACCACCACAACAACCACCUAUACCUUCACCCUUUUCGAGUUUCCCCAUUGUUCCCAGUUCAUAAGAGAAAAGUAGAACCCUUGUUGGGUGAUUUUUUAUAACUUUUGGUCGUGCAGUAACGCUUGCAGGAGGAUCAUAGCUUGGCAAGACAGUAUUACUGAAUUUUUAGCAUAAUGGAAAGCGAAGAUGAGUUGAAGAAAGACAACCCUUUUGAGGAGAGAGAAAAAGUGGAAGAAGUAAGCAAAGAUGAGGAUGGAGAAAGUGAAGAAGAAGGUGAGUAUGAAGAAGGAGAAGAAGGUGAGGAUGAAGAAGAAGAAGAGGAAGAAUGCGCACUGAGAUUUGAAGGGGAGAUGAGCCCUUUAGAUUUUGUGAAGGAUGGUACUUCUCAAGUUCAACUUUAUCAACAAUUUGAACGCCUUGAGUAUGAAGCUUUGGAAGUAAAGAAGCACAAGAUUACUUCUAAUGAAGAAGGGUCAGUAAAGAAACCAAGGACAGAGAUAACUGUUGGAGCUACCGAAGAGGAAAUACGAGAAGUGAUGAUGAUGACGUUUAAUCGGAGAAGAUCCAGAAAGCUUCAAAAAAGGGGAAGGCGAAAAGGAACAAGAAAUAAGCUUAAGUCUGAAGUCACUAAGAAACUGGGUGAUGCUAAUCUUCAUUAUGCUCAUGGUCGUUAUGAAGAUGCUGUCAGUUUGCUGACUGAAGUGGUUCGAUUGGCCCCAAAUCUACCGGAUCCCUAUCACACAUUGGGCCUUGUAUAUAAUUCAAUGGGUGAAAAAAAGAAAUCUAUCGAGUUUUAUAUGCUCGCUGCGUUUCUUGGUCCAAAAGACUCAUCUCUGUGGAAAGUUCUUGUGACUUCGUCCAUAGAGCAGGGAAACAUUGGUCAAGCCUGGUAUUGCCUUUCUAAGGCAAUUACUGCUGAUCAAACUGAUAUCUCACUAAAAUACCUUCGUGCUUCACUUUGCAUGGAGGCAGGAGAUCUUUUAAGAGCUGCUGAAUCGUAUGAACAGAUAGUUAAAAUUUGUUCUGAUGAUGUUGAAGCCCUCAAGAAAGCGGCAAUGUUGUACAAACAAUCUGGCCAGUUUGAGCGAUCUAUAAUUAUCUUGGAGGAUUACCUCAAUGCCAAAUCUUCUGAAGCUGAUCUUUCUGUUGUUGAUAUGCUCGCUUUAUCAUUAAUGGAAAGAAAUUCGUAUACAAAGGCGCUUCAGCACAUUGAGCAUGCAAAGAAGGUCUGUGGUUCUGUAAACGAAUUUCCAUUGUGUCUGAGAGUAAGAGAAGGCAUUUGCCACGCUCAUCUCGGGAAUGUAGAUAGAGCAGAGCUUUGUUUCAGUCUUCUGCAGAAGGAAAGUGUUGAGCAUCAUAUGAACCUUAUAAUGGCGGUGGCUUACUCAUUUACGAGUCUCAACCAGCAUCAGUCAGCAUUGAAGUAUUAUCUGAUGUUAGAAGGCUGCGCGUCAAGAAAUGAACUUGUAAACUUGAAAAUUGCCCAGUGCUACUUGGCAUUGAAAAAAACAACCUCUGCUAUCGAGUUCUUCUUCAAAGCAUUACAAGCACAUGAAGAUGACAUUGAUACUCGUUUAGCUCUAGCUUCACUUCUCCUUGAAGAAAACAGAGAAGAUGAAGCACUGGAAUUGCUUUCACCUCCAUCUAACCCAGUAUCAUCGAAGGACAUGCAUGGAGAUAGAUUGGAACCUUGGUGGCUUAAUGUGACUGUAAAGUUGAAGUUAUCUCAUAUUUAUAAAAUUAAAGGGAUGCUUGAGGCCUUUGUUGAAGUGAUCUACCCUAUCAUUCAUGAAUCACUGAAAGUAUUUUCAAUGCAUCAUAGGGUAAAACAGAAGAAAAGGCUCUCAACGAGUGAACUGUCCGAGCGUGUCAAAGUUCUUGGUGAUCAUGAGACUGAUACUGUCUUUGGUAAAUUCAGAAGACCAGCUUCGAAAAAUGAUUUGUUGAAAGCUAAUAGGGCUAAAAAGUUGCUUGACAAGAGGGCAACAUCAAAAGAAGAGAAGAUCUCUGCUGCAAUGGCUGCUGGACAUGAAUGGGAAAGUGAUGUUUCAGAGGAUGAUGUUAUGCAACAACCACUAAAGGAGCCUCCAAUGCCUGAUCUCUUCAUGGAUGAGGAACAUGAUAACCUCAUUUCAGAUUUGUGCAUUGCAUUGACGUCUUUGCGAAGGUAUACUGAGGCUUUAGAGCUUAUAAAGCUUACUUUGAAAAUAUCUUACAAGACACUUUCUGCUGCGAAAAAGGAAAAGUUUUGGUCCCUUGGUGCUCAAAUAGCAUUGAAUGUUACUGAUCCUUCAGAUGGAUUUGAAUAUGUACGCUACAUUGUUCAGCAGCACCCGCAAAGUAUUGCUGCCUGGAAUUGCUAUUACCGAUUAGUCUUGAGAUUAGAAAAUCGUCUCUCAAGGCAUAAUAAGUUCCUGCAUCAUAUGCGGGUUGAGCAGAAGGAUCUAGUGCCACCCAUGAUAAUUUCUGGAAAUCAGUUUACAAUGAUCAGUCAACACCAAGUAGCUGCAAGGGAGUACUUGGAAGCAUAUAAACAAAAGCCAGAUUCCCAACUGAUUAAUCUCUGUGCCGGGACUGCCUUGGUCAAUUUAGCCCUUGGACAUCGACUUCAAAACAAGCAUCAGUGUGUUGCACAAGGCUUAGCGUUUCUUUACAAUAAUCUGCGACUUUCUGAAAAUAGCCAGGAAGCAUUGUAUAAUAUAGCUCGUGCGUACCAUCAUGUUGGAAUGUUUACAUUGGCUGUUGCGUACUACGAAAAGGUCCUUGCAACUCCCCAAAAGGACUGCCCAAUACUGGAUCUUAUUAAACUGGAUAAAGAACCCAGCCGAGAUCCAAAGUCUGGGUACUGUGAUCUUCGGAGAGAAGCAGCAUACAAUUUGCAUUUGAUCUACAAAAGAAGCGGAGCAGUUGAUCUUGCAAGACAGAUUUUGAAGGAUUAUUGCACCUUGUGAAUUCCUUGCAGUUUUUAGGUUGUCUUGUCUGUGUAUAGUAAUGGAACAUCCUUCGGUUUCCAACUUGUUAUGUACUCCUAUUUUGGUGUCAAGCUGUUUCCCAGCCUCUUUUGGAAACAGUCGAAUAGAAUCUGUUGAUUUAGAAUUUGUGUUCUUGUAGAAUUUUUUUGUAUAUGUAAUAGUCUUUAUUUCAAAUACAACAUUUUAUCUAUUUUAUAUUUGUAGUAUUCCGUUUUAUUGUCCUUGAAUAUCAAUAUGUUAAUAAUUGUACUUAAAAGUGAAUAAUGAGUUAGUCUAAUGGUUAAGGGUUUUUUUUUUUCCUUUUAGGAUAACUCUUUCGGAAAUCUGGUCAAAAGAAGUAUUUAUUCGUCUGUUUUCCAAUACGUAAAUCGAAAAAGAUGUUCAGGAUGAUGUUUACCCAUCAUAACGAUGAUUUUUAAAAAAUCGGACAUUGCAAUUAUCCUAAUGAGGUAAUUCUUUCGGAAAUUUGGUCAAAACAAGUAUUUUUUCGCCUAUUUUCCGACACGUAAACUGCAAAAGAUAUUUAACGU